AUGUUCAAGGCUCGGACGACAGUCUCCCCGUUGUCGGUUUCCUGGACCACGCAGACGGCGUCGUCCGUCCUAAGACUGACGUCGGGCAUCGCGACGACCACGCUUCACACCAACGCUGGUAACGUUUACGGUGUGAUCGAUGAAACUGUGAUCAGAGAUACCGAUGACGAAUUGGACUACACGCCGUAUGGACAGCGACCAGAAACGUACAUAGUCCCCAUCGUGUUCCUGCUGAUACUCCUGAUCGGGCUCACGGGAAACGGGAUCCUCGCUUUGACCAUACUCCGGCACAGUCACAUGAGGAACGUUCCUAACAUCUACGUCUUCUCGUUGGCCCUUGGAGACUUGCUGGUGAUAGUGACAUGCGUGCCAUUCACCUUCACCGUCUACAUCCUGGACUCCUGGCCUUUCGGGCUGGUCCUGUGCAAAGUCUCCGAAUGCUUCAAGGAUAUCUCGAUCGGAGUCUCGGUCUUCACUUUGACGGCACUCUCGGCGGACAGAUUCUUCGCUAUAGUCGACCCGAUGAGAAAGCUUCACGCCACUGGUACAGGAAGAAGAGCAACGCGGUUUGCAGUGAUCGUCGCCGCGUCGAUCUGGCUGUUGGCCAUUAUGUGCGCCAUUCCAGCUUCCUUUGCCUACAUCAGAGACUUCAGGGUGAACAAGAACGUGAGCUUCCGCGCCUGCUAUCCCUACCCGGAGGAAUUCGGACCAAAUUACCCUAAAACCAUCCUGGUCUGUCGUUUCUUCAUUUUCUACGCGGUGCCACUCAGCAUCAUCGCUGUCUUUUACAUCCUGAUGGCCAGGCACUUGAUGCGAAGCACCAGGAACAUACCUGGGGAGAUGCAAGGUCAGGCGAGGCAAGUAAAGGCGCGGAAAAAGGUAGCCAAGAUGGUAAUGGCGUUCGUGAUAGUCUUCGCGGUGUGUUUCUUUCCCCAGCACGUCUUCAUGUUGUGGUUUCACACCCAUCCUACCGCACAGGCCGAUUAUAAUGCGUUCUGGCACUACUUUCGUAUCAUUGGAUUCUGCAUGGCGUUCACCAACAGCUGCAUCAACCCCAUCGCUCUGUACUGCGUCAGCGGUACAUUCAGGAAAUACUUUGACAGGUACCUCCUGUGCUGCAUACCAAGGAAGCUCCGUAGACGACAACGUCGAUCGUCGGACCUCAGCUCGCGAGGACGAGGCCAAAGCUUCUCGAUGAUGAGCUCCAAGAGAUACUUGGGCGAUUCUCGUCGAGGACACCGUGGCACCAUGCACAUGUCCAUACUAGGAAACGACAGCAGGACCAACAUCCCGAUGAAGGAGCAGGAGACCACCAUAAGCUUGACCGCGUGUCCAAACGGCGUCGAGGACGGUCUGAAAUGCGACUUAAAUUCCACGACGGAGUGACGAGCAACCAUCGAACGCGAGUGCUCGUCAAACUAUAAAGACUGAACGAUCCAACGAUCGUCCGAACCGACAGUGAUCGCGACAUGUGUUUUACCUCUCCCGCGUAAAAAGAUUCGUUCGACCACAUCGAAGUUCAAUGUGUUUGAAUUAGAGAGCCGUUCUCGCUGGAAAUCCCACUCGAGGGAACAAACAUUCACACGGGAGUUCGAUUUCAAGGUGCAAUGUAAUCCGGUCGCUUUGGAUUUCAUUCUGAAAAUAUUUUUGUGACGCCGAUCUUUUUUAUACGGGCUGCAAUUUUUGUUGUCCAUUUAAAGGACAAAGGUGUUGUGCAUUUACCGUGACUUCUUUAAUUCCACUAGCGUAAUCUGUUCGCGAGUCAUGCUUGAUCGAUAUCUCUUUAAGUUUUCGAGACAGGACUUUCGGUAGACCAGCGAGAAGGGCUGUAAAACGAGAAGGGCUCUCAACGAUCGUUCGCACGACGAGGUGGAGUUGAAUUAACACGUUGGUUGCCUCGUCGCGACCGACUCGGUGGAUAUGUUAAUAAGGAGAUGAUAGCCUCAAUUUUCUUGGUACAUAGGAGCACCGAGUUUGUCCAGAAAGAAGGAAAUUAAUUGUUGGAAAAUCCCUCGUGUGGAAAUGUGCUUUUAUUCCGAUGACAAUAACUGACAUGACACUACGAGCAAAGUAUAUAUCGAGAUUAAUAAAUAUUAAUUAUCUUACGAGAUUAAUAUGGAUGUAAAAUUGUAGAAGAUCGUCUCAGAUGAAGACAAAGUGCAACACGGCUUUCUAUUAAAGAUCUAAACAAAAUUAAUUACGAAGGCUGGGAAAUAAUGAAAAUAAAUCUGAAUAAUAUUUGUCUAUCAGUCUCGAGACAAAAUUUUAGCCUUGUAAAAGUUCGUUUCAACCCGGUAGCCAACGUGUUAAUACGUGUCUCGUUGCGAACAGCCAUUGUUUCUCGUUGCGAACAGCCAGCGCGAGCUCGACCGUUGUCGAAACCGGCGCUAAAAACCGGAAGCAAUCCGUCGAUUGCGUCGGUACGGUUUGCGGGCACAGAGACUGCCACAGUGUUGUACAUUCAACGCGCAGCGAUUUUGUGAAUAAAAUUCAGACAUCGAGUCCACGGCGCUUUUUAUCUACCAUCGUUCGUCCUUUCGUUCUAACUUCCCUCUUUCAUUCGGUUACUACUUCCUUUCAGAACUCGACGAAAAAUCGACGACGAAGUCUCCUCGAGAUAAUUCAAUUUCUAACCACCGAGCGGAUCUACGCGACGCCCCUUUCGACCUUUAUUAUCUCCACUCUGUUCCUCUCAUUUUAUCGAGAAUUUAAUAAUUGAGCUCUUACUUCCACCGAUCGAGGAUCCUUGGGGCACUCGAUAACGUUCGCUCGGGACGAAGAGUCUCUUCAGGGAGGAAGAGACGACGAGGAGAGGAGCAUAUUUACGAAUUUUUGGGGGAGAAAGGGAAAUUUUUCUGGUAAUAAGUUUCAGGAUAUUCAAAUGAACGUUUCUUAGUGGAUUUGGCGCAGUUUUUGUAUUUAAAAAUGUCUUGAAUUAACGAAGUUGCGACAGUCCUCUACCUUGGUGCUGGGUUGUCAGAAAUGUUGGAAUAAUUUGUUUUUUACUGUGCAAGAUUGCUAUUCCUGAUUUCCACUGUUACGCCACCUAGUUUAAUCCAAAUUAAAUGUAUUAGUUUGUCUGGAAAGUUCGUACCGAUUUUCGGUA